GUGUAAGAAGUCUGUCGAAGCCCACAUGGGCCAAACUUAUAGAUAUGGGGGCUCUCAUGCCUCUCUGGGCUCCUCCUGCAGCUUUCUCACAACAUGGCAGCGCCAGGCUCGAAGUUCUUCAUACAAGACGCCCUGAAAACACCUGCAGUUCAUCACGAAAGUUUUGAGCAGCUAUGGAAGACUAAAUGGCAGCAGCCUUCGAAACUCGGAAUAUAUCCUUUCAUGUUCAAUGCCCACGAAGACUUCGAGCCGAUUGCCGAACGAUUGAUCGCCGAAGGCCAGAAAGAGCCCUAUGACUGGGACAAGUAUGCAGAGGCAUUCUUCCCCAAGGCAGAGGAGCUCUUAGCAGUAGCCGAACAGGCCGAGAAAGAUGGCGACCAAGCCAGAGCAUCGGAGUACUAUAUGCGAGCCUCUGCUGUAUACCGAAUCUCACGUUUCCCCGCGCCUCGAUCUGAGAAGCAACGGUAUGCUUGGCAGGAGGGAAAGAGGGCUGCAAAAAAGGGGUUGGCUAUGCGAGAGAGGCCAACGCAGGAAGUCAUAAUCGCACAUAAGCACGGUCUGCCACAUGAGGACAAACACAUACCAUUCUACUACCACUUACCGCCUGGGACAAGUAGAGAGAAACGCGUGCCAUUGGUCAUUAUCCUUACUGGUCUCGAUGGCUACAGGACUGAGCUGGCAGUAUGGAUUGAAGGCUGGUCACAAAAGGGUGUUGCUGUUCUGGUAUUGGAGAUUCCGGGCACUGGUGAUUCUCCAGCAGACCCAGGCGACCCCACGUCCCCCGACCGCCAGUGGUCGAGUCUGUUCGACUGGGUUGAUGAGCAGGCGGAGAUUGAUCAAACACGAAAGGCGAUGUGGGCAUUCAGCACUGGAGGCUUCUAUGCGAUUCGAGUAGCCCAUACUCACGCACAUCGGCUGACUGGAAUUGUUGCUCUUGGUGGUGGCUGCCACUAUAUGUUCGAUCCGGUCUGGCUGUCGCACGUGAAUUCUCUUGAGUACCCAUUCGACUUGGCCACCACCCUGGCUUAUAAGUUCGGCUACGGAGAUGACCUCGAGAAGUUCAAGAAAGAAGCGAUGAAGUUCUCAUUGCUUGAAGACGGCACCUUGAAUAAGCCAGCCUGCACGAAGCUGUUGCUGGUCAAUGGUGUCAACGACGAGAUCUUCCCCAUUGACGACUACUAUCUGGCGCUUCACCAUGGUGCUCACAAGGAGGCUCGAUUUGUACCUAACAGGAAGCACAUGGGCGAGCCGGAAAGCUUCUUCAUCAUUCUGCAGUGGAUUUAUGAUCUGUUUGGACUUGAUGGCAGGCCUACAGACCAGAUGAAAACGAUACCUUCGAAAUAUGGUAGAUAGAGUAGACUACCCGAAGUCCAUACCUACCUUAUGUCAAUUUCCU